AUGUCCCUCUCGCUUCCCUUGCUCCCCCCCAGCCCCCUGGCCAUGGAGUACCUCAAUGACUUUGACCUGCUCAAGUUCGAGGCGAAACCUGACACCCCGCCCCUUCUACCACCGUGCUCAUAUGCCAAAGCAGAACUCCAGCAGCAGAAGGACGCCUCCGGCUCUCCGUGCAUGGUGUGUCCCCCUCCGGACUCCAGCCUCAGCUCCAGUCCCUACACCUCCCUACCGCCAUCCCCAACCCUAAGCGAUGCCCACCAGCCCCUGUCCGCCUCCUCGUCCUCCUCCUCUUCGCUAUCCUUCCCACUCUCCACCUCAGCCAGCUACAGCUUAGGACUGAGCUCCACCUCGCAGGGCAAUCUAAACCAUAGUCCCUCCCCCAGUGCCCCCGCCCAAUGUCCGAACUCUGCCUCCCUUGAAGACCUGAUAUGGAUGGCUGCACUGCAGCAGCAGUUUGGUGGCGAGGGAGGGGCCACUGCCUCUCUCCUGGGUGCCCUGGGUGGGGCACCAGAGAGGGGAGAUAGGAAUAGGGGGGCCAUUGGGGGGUUUCUGGGAGCCGAAGACGCUGUGGAGGCACUGCUCAACUCAGCUGCUGUGGCUGUGAGCUCACAGUUCCCUGCCCUGUCUCAGAGUUCUGGUGGCAGUAAUCUGGGAGACUCCAGCAGUGAGAGUGGAGGUGACGUGGAUGGGGGCAAGGCCUCUGAGCUCUGUCACCGCCCCCUCCUCUUUGUGUCCUCCGCCCCUCCUCUACACGUUGCUGCCCCACCCACUAACCCAUUCCCCCAGCCCUCCAGCCCAGAGGGCCAACACCAUUACCCACAGCAUCAUCACCACCACCCUGCCCAUCAUCCUAUGCAUGGCCAUCACAGUCACCAUCAUCAUCAUCAUCAUCAUCAUCAGAUCCAAGUUAGACAGUCCGUGGUGGACGAGCGCUUUUCUGACGAGCAGCUCGUCAGCUUGUCCGUGCGUGAGCUGAACAGGCACCUGCGCGGCGUGAGCAAGGACGAGGUGGUGCGCUUGAAGCAGAAGCGGCGGACGCUGAAGAACCGUGGCUACGCCCAGUCCUGCCGCUACAAGCGACUGCAACACCGACACGCGCUCGAGUCCGAGAAGCACAUACUCACACAGCAGCUGGAGCAGCUGCGGUGCGAGCUGACCCGCGUUCUGAGAGAACGAGACGCCUACAAGGCUCGUUAUGAGAAACUCAUCAGCUCCAGCGGGGCCCCGCUCACCCAAGCCAAUAACCCGCCUUGCCCAUCCCCAGACUACUUCCUGUGA